AUGGUACCUCCUCAUGCAUUACUUAUCGCAUUAUUACUCCUUAGGAUGAUAAGCUCAGCUACUGAUUCAAGCGCUUCUACUUCUGAUCAGAGAGCGGCAAACGAACAAUCUCACGAUCACACUGAAGGCAAGCUCUCCUGGGGGUCCAAAAGAGCAAGAACAGCAAGAUUUGAGGUGAAUGCACCCGAGCAAAUGCUUUCUCUUUCUUCCGCACUAAAGAGUGAGACGAGUGAGAACAGGAGUAAAUGUGUAUACUGUAGACCGAACUGUCCUCAUUGGGAGUCUAUGAGUAAGAAACAACGUGAAUCAGCUCGUAUACGCCUCUAUUAUAGUAACCAAUCAAAAGAAGAAAAAAUGAAACGCAACGCUUAUCUUCGUCAGCGUUAUACGAAUUUACCUGAAGAGGUAAAGGCUCAGAAUAAACAACUUUAUAUUUCACGCCGUCGAGAACGUAUAGCAAUUAUGAGCCCCAAGGAGAGAAAGGCAUGGUACAAGAAAAAUAGGGGUGAGAAGAAGCAGUGA